GACCCAAAAGGUGCUUGUUGCAUCUGAGAAGGUCUGCAUUCAGCAAGGAACAGCUGAGCACCUUUGACUCACGGGUUCCCUUCUUUACCAUAUACUAGCCACGCCAACCAUGGCUUUGUUGAAGUCGGCAUCACUGUUAACGCCGUCUGUCGCGUAAAGCAUGGCCUGCAUUGUUUGAGCGAAUGAGAAGGCAGGCAUUAGUGGGCGGCGCACCUGGCUUGCGCCCUGGUCCUUGGGCUGCGUGAUAAUUCGGCUGUGGCGGUUCAUGACAGGGGCCUCUGUGCACGGCGCACAUGUUGUCGAGAAUGAACGCGCAAGGGCGCGAGAGGUCCGGUGCAGCAUACUCACACUUGGUCGCAACAACUUUUUGACUCGACAAGUGAUGUAAGUAAGAGCGAU